GAACACGUGGCCCUCUGUUCACACUGAACCGAGCAGUCAGUGACUCUCUGUACCGAGCUGCCUACACGGGAGCGGCCAGUGACUGCGUCCAGCUGUCUACACGGGAGACCCUGGUGGCUUCUGUGCUGCGUCGCACACACACACGAGACCUGAGUGGCCCGAUAGGAACCGAGCGGAGAGUGCGGAGACGCUGAUAGAACUAACUGUAACGACCUCCAGAGGGCACUGGCACAGCCGAGUGCGACUACACUCACCUAGUGAUAGCGUCCCGGGAUUAGAAUGGUGCCCAAAUGGUGUGUCCUGCUGGUGCUGCUGGUGGUGACGGUGGUGCCCGCGGCGGCCGAGUGGGACGAGGAAGAGGAGCACCACGAGCAGCACCAUCACCAACACAUUGACCUGGAGCACCGCGAGGAGCACGCUGAUGAUGACAUCUUCCAGACACUGGGCGAGGACGAAGAGCACGUCAAAGAGCAUUUGGAGGAGGCAUUUUCGGAAGACGACAAGAAGAAGAUGACUCCCGAAGAAGAAAAGUACCAUUUCUUCAGACAGCACGACGCGGACCACAACAGUGCACUGGACGGUCUGGAGCUGAUGGCCUCCCUGUUCCACGUCAACCCGUACCACGUGACACACCUGACCUCAGAGGCCACCGAGGAGCAGGUGCGGCAGGCGGCCAUCAAUGACGCCGACUACAACGCCCGACUACUGAACGCUAUUGCAGGUAUAAUCGACAAGACGCUGGACAAGUUCGACUGGAACCAGGACGGUCAGCUGGACUACACAGAGUACAUCUCGGGCGCUGUCAACAUGUUCACCAAGCAGAGCGACCACCACGAGGAGCAGGAGCAUCACGACGACCAGCAUCAGCAACAACAGCAGCAGCAGCAGCAGCAACAACAGCUGCAGCAAGCUCCGCCACAAGCUCCGCCGCCGCCUCCUCCACAGCAGCAGCAGCAGCAACAAGUCUAUCAGCAUCAGCCUCCAGUGCAGCACCAGCAGCCGCUCUACCAGCAGCAGGCGCCGCCGAUGGUGCCCCAGCAGCAGUAUUACCAGCCGCAGCAGUAUCACCAGCAGCCAGCACCGGUGGCCCCUCCGCCACCCCAGCAGCAGCAGCAGAACACAUACCAGCACCCGCCCAUGGUACCGCAGCAGCACUACGGCCAGCAGGAACAUCACUGAACGGCACUGGAGGGCGUCGACUGUCGGUUAUACGAUUGAAGAAAUGUCCCAGCGGUGUCCGCAUAAGUUGUCACUCGUCCAUCGAAUAAAACUAGCCAUUUGAAGGUAUGGGCGAUUCCGGUGGUGACUGAGCUCAUGUAAAGACAUGCCAGUGUGAAAAACGACAUUUUUAACCCUCGCCCGUAAACGGCGAUCUGCCACCUUCGCCCAUGCAGGGGGGGGGGGGUUGGUGCGACCCCCCCCCUUGGCGUUUGAAAACGGAGCGUCGUAGAGCUUAGCGGAAAAGACCAACGGAUUGCUCUCGCCGAGAUCUCGCGAUUGGUGGUAUAUUUUUUGGUCCUAGGUCAACAUUUGACCUACUUUUGACCGGUCAAAGGUCAAAUUUUCGGAAAAAUAGACUUUUUUCAACUUUCCGCGGCGAUUGCGGCAAAACGGUGGGAGAUAUCGACUUGAAACCUUCACUAUCGUGUUCCUUGAUCAAUUCUCUAUCGUUUGGUAUGUAUUUCGUUUCCCUAGCUCUAAAAAUGGCGCGUUGGGAGCGCCGGAAGUCGGCAAGGUCACAGUCGGCGGCAGAAAUUUGAAAAAUCAAAAUUUAAAUUUUUGAAAUCUGAUUGUAUUUUUGGAUUUGGGAGGUCCAUUUGCUCCCUAUAGAAGCUAAUAUUGCUGCAUAUUCCCAUUGAGGUGACAAGAAUUAGCAAAAUAGUGGUUCGGGCGCUUUUCAAAAAUAGUACCGGACGCUGUUCCUCUUGUGACGUCAUAGCUCCGUGACCUGACCUGACCCGGUCAAGUUUCUUAUACCAUAUGAUAGCCAAUACUUGCCCCAACAUGCAUGGGAAGUUUCAUCACGAUCCAUCAACCGAUCUCCGUACCACCGGCAGGAAACCUCGGGCGUUGGCACUCAGUUUGUGAAAAUCCGGCCGGAGGCUGUUCCCUUUGUGACGUCAUAACUCCGUGACCUGACAUGACCCGGUCAAAUUUUUUUUAUCAAAAGAUGCGCAAGGUUUGCCCCAUAAGGUACCCAAAAUUUGGUGGCGCUGUGCGCCGCCGUUUUUGCACUAUUUCCGAAAAACCUCAGGGGGGGGGUUGCACCAACCCCCCCCCCCCUACCUACAGGGCGAGGGUUAAGGAACAAAUUCUGGUGGCGUCGCCCCGUAUGCACAUGUCGAGCUAUGUAUUUUUAAUUAAAGUGACCAUCCCACCUUAA